AUGAGAAGAGUGAUAAAUUUUGGUGCUGGUCCGGCUAAAAUUUCUGAUGAGGUGCUGAAACGAGUUCAGGAAGAGUUUAUUGUACUUGAUGGGACAGGGACCAGCAUAGUGGUGCUGUUUUGCUGUUUCAUGAGGGUUCAUAUUGAAAAUUUACUUCAAAGUUUCAAAGGUUAUGUGAUAUAUAUUCUAGAAUUGGGCCAUCGCACAUCUGACUUCAAAAAUAUGCUCAAUGAAACGGUGAAGCUUCUACGAGAUGAAAUGUCUAUUCCUAAUGAAUAUACAGUUUUGUUUAUGCAUGGUGGAGCGACAGCUCAAUUUGCAGCUAUACCUGUCAACCUGCGGGAUGAACACGAUUCCGCUGAUUACGCAAUAACAGGUAGGUGGUCGCAAGCAGCUGCUAAAGAAGGUUCCAAAUACAUCGACGUCCGAAAAGUUUUUAAACCACUUGAACGUUUUGACACAGUACCGGACUUUAGUACCUGGGACAGAAAUCCUAAUGCUGCAUAUUUAUAUUAUUGUUCCAAUGAAACUGUUGAUGGUGUAGAAUUUAAAGAUGUUCCAGAAACAACACCAGCUGUUCCACUAAUUGCUGAUGUAUCCUCCAAUAUUUUAAGCCGGCCAUUUUCAUUUAUCAACCAUGGGUUAGUUUUUGCUUCGACACAGAAGAAUUUGGGCGCUGCAGGUUUAGCAAUUGCAAUUGUACGAAAAGAUCUCAUCAAACCUACCAGCGGAGUGCCAUCGAUUUUAAGUUACUACGAAAUGGAAAGAACUCUUUCCAACUACAACACACCAAAUGUUUUUGGUAUAUAUGUCACCAAGUUGGUCUUAGAAUGGAUCCGCGAUCAAGGUGGUGUAGAAGAAAUGGCAAAAAGGAAUGAGAAAAAAGCUAAGCUCAUUUACGAUGUGAUCGACUCGUCUUCCGGAUUUUACUAUUCCUUUGUGGAACCAAAAUAUCGUAGUUCUAUGAACAUUCCAUUUCGUAUCACCAAUGAAUAUGGUAAUGCGGAAGAACUGGAAGCGAAAUUCCUGGCAGGGGCUGUACGCAAGGGAAUGAUUGGACUCAAAGGACACAGAUCUGUUGGUGGCAUUCGAGCAUCUUUAUAUAACGCAAUGACUGUUGAAGAAACAGACAUUUUAAGGGAAUAUAUGGAAGAAUUUCAGAAAACUCAGAGUAUUGAAUAG